AUGACGAUCGACGACGAGAAGUCGGUUUACGUCGGCGGCCUUCCGUAUGACGCCACAGAGGAGACCGUCCGCCGGGCCUUCGAUCUGUACGGGGCCGUCCGGGACGUUAGGGUACGUCCCCUAGCUCCUCCUCCCCCACUUUAUUGCUUCUUCUCUGGUUCGUCGCGCGUUUUUAUCCUUAUUUUACUUUUUGUAAUUGUGAACGGGCUUUGCCGGUGUGUGCGCUGCGUUUCUUCUUGUUUUGAUGAUCUGCUUCCGGCUUAUCUGGUGAGGGUUUUGGACGCUCAUAGGAGUUUUACGCCUGGUAUCUGCUCUUGGAUUCGUCAAUAAAGCUGCUAAUAUAUGGUAAGAAACCAUUAUGAAUAAAAUUACACAUUCCCUCGUAUCCUAUGAUGGCAAAUAGUACUCUUUCACUGGCAUUACCCGAAACUCCGGUUUGGAGUUCCGGUUAGUAUGGCGGCAUUCUACCCGUAGAGAACUUCAUCAAUGAUCUGAGAAGCUAGAAACUAAUUUCUUGGGGGGAGCAUAGAACACCCACCCUUUACCUUGAUGAGCAUCUGUUGGACCAUUUGACUGCAUCUGCAAUUUUUUUUCGUUCAUUACUGUCAGAUUAAUAUUUGUGUCUUCGUACAGUGUCCCCUGCAUCACUAGUAAAAAUAUAUUUGGUUCUUUCCUAUUAUGUGAUGUGCGCAUGUUUUAUUCUUCGAAUUACUCUUCUGGGUACUGAUUAUUUUUUGAAUGCUUCUCCAACCGCAGAUAAUCAAUGAUCGGCAGGUUGGAGGAAAAUGCUAUGGUUUUGUCACCUUCACAAACCCUCGGUCUGCGAUAGAUGCUAUCAAUGAUAUGAAUGGCAGGGUAUUACCAUUGGCGUUCUUAUUCUUAUUCCAAUUUUUGAGUUAGCUCUUGACAGUGCCUUCUGACUUCGAGAAUGCGAAUAAUUUUAUUUUCCUCUCAUAAUUAAAAAAUAUAAUUUCAUAAUUGUUCAUGCCAAAGUCGUAAAACAUGUAGAGUCGACUUUUAUAAGCAUAUGUUCUGUCUACUUCCCACUUGUACAGUUUGUGUGGUUCAUGCAAAUUCUUUUCGUCUUAUUUUACUUUAUUUUAGGCUGUUGAUAUUUCCUACCUUUCUUCUAUAGACAAUUGGUGGUCGAGUGGUACGAGUAAAUGAGGUACGGACAAGAGGGAGAAGGCCAAACUUCAACCGUGAGAAUUACCAUCGGUAUGAUGAGAGGGAUGCUGACUGGGAUAGGGGAAGAGAUAGAGAAAGGGAUCGGAGUCAUGACCGAGACCGAUAUCGAGACAAAGACAUUGACCGAUCUCGGGAUCAUGAUCAGGAACGGGAAAGAGAGUAUGAACAUGUCUACGAACCUGAUAGAACUAGAGAUCACAUCCUUGACCGUGAUAGAGAACAAGAGGACCGUGAAAUAGACCAUUCUCAAGAACGUGAACAAGAUUGGGAGAGGAAUGAAGAUGUAGACUGGGACAAUGACAGAGAAAUGGAUAGAACUGGAGAAUAUGAAAGAAGCAAAGAGAAGGAUAAAGGGAAACAAUCAAGGAAUCGGUUUGGGUAAGCUAUCCGUCUUGAGUAUCUAUUGGCCUUUAUUCUACUUUAUCUUACCAUCGAUCUAUUUGGAAUGUACUAUCAUGUCAAUGCUGUAAUGAAUAUGUGAUGGUGUCCACAUAAAAAAAGAGACCAUCACGUAAAUCCAAACAAUGCUUGUCUAUAUGGCCUUGCAUCGACGAACUUCCAAUAUAGAAACUCUAAUGUGCUAUUUUUCUUCAAAGAGUCAUUUUAUCAUCAUGGAUACAAAUGUGUCCCCAAGAUAUCCUGACAUUUUCAGUUCUUGGUAAUGCUGAACAAUACCAAAUUAUGCAUUCAUCACGCUGGUGACAAAUGGAGUGAACAUGUCUGUAAUUAGCAUGAAUACAAUGCGAAAAUUGAAUGCAGAGAAGGCAUUGGGGUUGACAGACAACAUAUAUGGACCUCAAACUUGUUUACUUAUUCCGAGGCAUUUACAGAAGAUUUUGGCUCAGCUGUUUUUUUAACUAAAUUUCAAGUAGACAUUGAAAGUAGGCAUUUGAAUAAUAUGCAAACGAAUGUUCUUGUAACAACAUGGUUGAGUAAGUUUUCUCGAGAGCAGUAAGUUUCCUUUCCGAAUAAAUAGUUUAUCUUAGCUUAGAAAAAAGAGAACAUACCUUAUGUUCUUUUGGAGAGGAGUUUCGGAGGAAUAACUUCAUAACUUUUCAUAGAAAUUCAAAGAUGAUGACCCUUGUAGAAUCUACUACAAUAUGAGUUGUUUGCUCAAUGAAAAAUUUCUGGGGCAAUAGUUUAUGUAUGAAGGAUAAUUCUAUGAUUUAUAAAUAUUUUGUAUCUAUUGGGAAAUAUUUGCAUUUAAUGGCUUUAAUUUGUUCUAUUCUGAAAUGUUUGAGGUUGGUCUCCUUUUGAAAUUAAUAGAUGUCAGGUUCAAAGUCUCUUCUUGUCAAUGUGGAGUAUCUUUUUAACGUAAUGCGUUGUGAAAAUAUUUAUGUAUUAUGCUCUUAAUUGAGCCCUUCUUAUUAGCUGACUUCUGUGAUAAUAAUUUUGGGCCAAGCUUGAUGCGGAUUAAAAUAAUGGUGCGAAAUAUAGGAGAUUUAUAUGGAUGGGGAUAAAGAUGAUUUCCGUGUUUUAUAGAGCCUAAGUAUUGGAUUAAUGGUGGAAUGAAGAACAUAUUUCCCUCUAUGGUCAAUUGAGGAAAAAGGGCUGUAAUUGGUCAUCUAAAAUUCUCGUUUCCACGAUUGGCAACAUACUAUUGGAAAGGACAUUUUACGAAGGCCUUAGCUGAUAGGCUAUGCAAAAUUCGCUCUCAUGUUUUGAAGAGUGUUUUUCUGAGUACUAAAAUUUGCGCUGUAAAUUUUCCCAGAGUUGUCCUAGAGUUGCGGUGUUCUCAUUAGUGUGACAGUACAUUGUGAAGUGGUCUUUAUAUUCCAUAAUUCGUGAGAAAUUAUUUAGUGACAUUGCACACAAUGUUGUUGCUAAAAUAAAAUCAAGUUUUGGACUUUAAGGAAAAAGCUUGGGUUGAUAUCUGUCCCAAACUUCUUGCCUCAAGCACAUAACGUGAUAUGUGGUAAUGUUCCAUAAUGAAUUGGCAAUUUAUGAUUAACGUGAUUCAUAAGUAACCAUGAACUUUGUGGCCUCUAAAAAAAUGAUUUUGGAAGAGAAAAAUGUUGAUGCCACUUAUUGUAGAAAUAAGGAUAAGAAAACUUUUGUACUCAGCAAUGGUCAUGAAGUUGAUCUCGACUCACUGUGUUAAAAAACCCAUGGGUUAUAUUUGUGUUAUAGCAUUGAAAGGGUUCAAAUUGGCCUUAAGUGCAAUUUGAGUUUACUCAGAUCUUUGGUAAGCAAGAGAGAAAGAAAAAAAGAUUCUUUAAGCUCAUCCAAUACACGUUUUUGCCUGAAUUAGGCUACUUUAAUGAUUAGUAUCUUGAGUUCUUUUGGCUUCCUGAACGUAUUUAAAAAUUUGAAUGCAUUAAACCGCAUUCCUUGUUGCUUUGUUCAAUAUUAUUUUCUAAUUUGGGUCUUGUAAUCCACAUUUUUAAUCCAUUUAAAUUGAAGUUGGAUGUGGGAAGUCUUUACUGCCGCACUUAAAUAAUCAUGAUGAGCUUGUUGCUAUGCUUUUCUAAGGAAUUCCAAUGAUCGUCAAAUCAGAGAGCUAUCGUCAAAUUCCAAUGCUGAAUAUCUUGACCAGGUAAUAAAAAUAAUGCUUGAUUAUUGAGUUUUUUUAAGUAAGUCCGUUUAAUAUUAGCUUUGUCUCGUGCUUCGUCUUUCUUCCUUUUAAUGUCAGGUGAAGGAGCAAUUGGAUGUGUGCAUUCUUAGACGGGAAGAACUUCAAAAACUGGUAGGCCUACGUACUUAUGUUUCUUGAAUAAUAUUUUAUGCCACGAGUUCCAAUUCUUUAUAUCCGUGACCUUAAUGUGUUUGCUGGUGAACGUUAAGAUAUGUUUGUAAAACGGCUAAGUUGCUCUGUAAUUGUCAUGUUUGGUUUGGAUACACACUGUUUCUCUGCUUUCAGAUCUUCCAACCCUAUCAUCACGCAUCAGUUUAAACAUUUGCUACAUCAUUUCCCUGAAGGACUUUAUUCAGUCAAAAUCAUAGAUGUCAGAGUCACGUUAUGCGAACAAGGAAAGAUAUUUUAGUGGUGUUCUUGAAGUUUCAUUCGUUCAAGGAAACAUGUGGCAUGCUUUACAUGUGCCUAUGCGAGAGGAAAAGUUUUUGGAAAUUGUUCCUAAAUACGUGGUAGAGGUUCACUUAGUAAACUAUAAUUUUACUCCUAGGCAGCUAUCCUUUCCUUUCCAAUAUAUAUAAAUAAAUUGUUCACGUUGAUUUUUGGUGGAGAUGCCCCUUUUGGCAGCAUUGCUUGUUUCCCCCAUAUGUUCAACAGUUUAUUGAGGUUAUUUUACUUCCUGCUCAAGAAUUUGAGCCUCGUAUCGAACUCUGUGUUAGUUGUGGCGACCAAUAAAAAAUGAUGAAACUAUGGACUGCUGUACUCACAAGGUUAAAAACUAUACUAAUGCAUGUGGCAGUGGCUGGUGAUGGCGGUUGAGGCGUAUUUUUUGCCCCCUAGAGGCGAAUAAACUCUAUCUUGUUGGCAUUUCUGUCUUCCCAGUUUGCUUGAACUCAUUUUUCUUACAUAACCAUUUUAGGGUCAUUACCUCAGGUUGCCUGAACAUAAGUUUCAUGGCUAAUGAGGCAAGCACCCUUGGUAGCCAAGAUGUGUAAGAUUACUCCUUUUGUAAGAGAGAUUUAUCAUUUUUUCAACUGAAAACAAUGUCUAUUACUUUUUUGGAUGGGGUUGUGAAGUAGCUGAUUUCUACUGUAUUUUUCUGCAUUGGAGACUAGCGCCAUGAUAAAUACAAAAAUAGCAAAUUGCGUAAGCCAGCAUUAGAUUUUGUUCAAUUUGAACAAAGGAACUACAGGAGUUGUCUACCUAGAACAAGUGUUUUUCAUCCAUUUUCUUUCCUUGCUGCUUUGCGCUUCAUGUCUUUUUGUGGACGUUCUUUUGGCUGUGCUUCACUUGUAACCUGAACUUUUCCUUAUUGUCGCAUAAUGUGUGAAAUAGUCAUAGAAGAGAAAACUAGCCAUAAUGCGAGGAUAAUCUGCAUUUAUGUAUAUCAGACUGGAAAUUAGCAGCAUGCUCUGUUGUUGAAUAUGCAGCUGGGAGAGAGGAAUCUUGAUAUGGUUUCAUGAAACGAAAACUGACCUUGGACUGUGAGAGGUUGAGUCGGUUGAAAGUUAGAGUAUUUGCUGUUCAAAAUAGAAGAUGGGGAAAAUCAACCAAAUGAGUACCCCCUCUUGUAAGAGGGAGUGCAGAUCAUUAUUUCAGUAUUCUGGUAUAUUUCUCUCAAUUUUUUCUCUUUUGCGCCGGUGAUAUGUUAUUAAGACAAGGGUUAUCUCGCAUUGUCAUUCUGUAUAAAUUUGGACGUAAGUAUGGCUGACAGGGGGCGGGAACUAAUCAAUCUGAUCAUCUAUGUGGAGUGUUUGUCGCUUGUGCCAUUGGUCUAGGGUAGUAAUCGUUUGUUCUUGAAUACGUUUCCACUGGUGUUUAUAUUUUUUCCGAAACUUUGUUUCUAUUUAUUUUCUGAAUUUCAUUUACAGUGCAAGGAAUAAGAUAAUUAUUGUGAUUAUUGCUUCCAUCAGAUAUCUCAUAUGGAAGAAAAGGUGGAGGACAAAGGCCAACUUGUAAUAGAUUUGCAGAAAAAGUCUCAGGUCAUCUCGUCUUCCCUCACUUUCGUUCGGCCUUUGCACUAAUAUUCAGUCGAAGUGUGCCAUUUUCUGGUUGACUUGCGUGCUGAUUUAGCUAGCCUUGGUCAGAAACUAGAGGAUGCUCUGGCCGUUGCAAGAAAGCUCUCUUCUCAACGACAAUCACAAUUGUUCAAGGUAAAGUACGCGCGAUCAACACACUCCUCUGAAAAACCCAGGGACACUCCGCGGUCUCAUCACCGUGCGUGACAUGCAGCUGCAGAAGUGCUUCCUGCAAGUCCAAGACUACUCCGAGAAGCUCAAAAGCUGCGAACUGGAGCUACAGGUUGGCUGCCUAUUUUCCUUCCAUCGUAUAAAAUAGUAAAGUCAACUCCUUUGGUGGCCUAGCUUUUUGGCCACUGAUCAGUACCAUCCUAAGCCUCAUCCAAUCAGUCUAGUCACAAUAUCUUGUUUAUGAUGUAAUUCUCCAAAGUCGUGGCCAUCCAUUUUCUAGAUAGGGCAUAAUCUAGGUUCUAUAUGAUAAAAUGGCGGCAUGAUCUCUGGCUCACACCCCUCAGUCUUCUUCCUGCAGUCCGUUGUAGAUUCAGUGUCGGCUGAGCUUGACAUGGGAGAAGAACCAGGAGCGAGGGACGGUUCUGUGUAUGGAAAUGGCAUGUCGUGA